CUUCAAGCUUUGUACGACGACAAGCACAACGGCGGGAGUCAUUUCUAUACGUUUAUAGAAAAUAUCUUUCUGCUCUCUCUCAAUCUUUCUAGACUAGGAAAUUCCUUAUCAGGCUCGUGUCGCUCAUGACUUCAAACUUCGGCGAAAUUCUCCUUGAACCGACUCAGUAGGGGAGUGAUUAUUUUGUGCCAGAUUUUUGCUUCAGAUAAGAUUAUACGGGCCGCUAUAUCGAUCAUCUGUCCUCCUGACUCCCGCAACGCCUAUAAAAGUUGACUCCAUUGCGAAAGCAUAAUUCGGACUUUCUCCAUCUGCAUCUAUGUCCGAAUUUGAACCCAUACUGUUAACUCUUCCAUCUCUUGCACCUUCUCUUGCGGUGGAGAUAAUCCCGUAUGGCUUGACCUUUCAUCGUAUCUUUGUCCAGGCUGAUGGUAGGACGCACGACAUUGUUAUCGGUCCAGAAGAUCCUAGAGGACACAUCACACAGAAAUACACUAAUACUAUCAUUGGUCGUUACGCUAAUCGUGUCCCGGUCGGAACGCACGCGAUAGAACGAAACGGCGUCAAAGCCGAAGUUAUUGCGAAGCUCAAUGAGGGUACUCGCGUCUCCCUUCACGGCGGUCCAAUUGGGUUCGAUUCUCUCGCCUGGACUCACCUCACCCCUAAUUCACCUCCAACACUCUUUACCGAAGCGGAACUAGCGCACCUCCCACCACUAUCAUCAACAGCGACAUACGGAAUUUUUCGAUUAGUGUCUCCAGACGGAGAUCAAGGUUACCCCGGAGAAUUGACGACAGAAGUGCUAAUCGCCCUCGUUCCUCCGGCAGAGCAGGAACGCAAGUACCUCGAGCCAGGACAAACUGCCGCCGGCGCCGAAUGGGAUCUGGGAAGCAUUGUAUAUGUGUACAGGGCAAAGUUAGAUAAGGGGGUUACACCGGUGAAUCUCACUCAGCAUUGGGGUUUCAAUCUCGAAGCAAGUCUCAAGGAUGGCAAGGAUACCCUUUCGGUCAAAAAUCAUCACAUUACCAUGAAGGCAGACCGCAUCGUGGCGCGAGACGCAGAUAGCCUGAACACAGGAGAAUUCAUUCAUGUAUCCGAUGCCACUGAGCAUCUACAUGAGGGCCAGAAAAUUGGCGACAAGUAUCCCAAGUUAGGCUAUGAUGAUUAUUAUGCGUUUACACCACAGAAAAUCAAAACUCCCAAACGCUUCCCGGUUUCAGAGUUCACUCCAAAAUUCGAUUUACUUAAGGAUGUGCUAAUUCCAAGCGGUACGGGAGGCGCAACAAGAGGCGAUAGACCAGAGCCUGUGGUUGAACUUUCAUCAGAAACAUCCGGGCUAAAGUUGAUUUUCGAGACGAACCAGGAUGGAGCGAUGUUUUACUCUAACGCUUGGGCAGACCCUGCCAAGGGCGCGCGGAAGAAGAUCCACGGCGGGUCAGGUAUCAAGGAUCAUGGAGAUGGCUAUGUUCCUGGAACUGCUGCAUUCCUAGAAUUUCACGAUAUCUUGGCUGCGUUCCUUGAUCCAGCGAAACAGAACGGUAACGACACCCUGUUGACUUCGGAUGAGGUGUAUCAUAACUAUGUCCGGUGUGAUGUGAGGUUCAGGCAACCUGCAACUUAAUUGUCGGACACGUCGACGGAGAACCUAGAGAUACCAUCUGAAUAUGUCACUUUCUGGAAUUUGAUUGUGUCAAACAUACAGACAAAUGGUUCAGAAAAAAAAAACUGAUUACCAACUGUGGA